AGCUAUCCUCAUCUCACCCGUGCAAUUCUCCCCACUUACAAAGGCCGCGUUCUUGCCAGAGAAGAAGAUGAAAGUGGGGAACGGUAUAUCGACAAAGCUGCGGUGUUCGUCGGCCGUUUGGUCAAAAGUCAAGAGAACGACCAGAGUCUCUUCCAGCGGUUCAGCAAAUAUGGAAGGAUUUGUGGUAUCGAGUACAAUCCCAAGGUGGCGCAAUCGACCUAUGCGACCGCACGGAUCCUAUUUGCGGAUGAAGAUGCCGCCUUGCAGGCUAUCGAGCAUGAGCAAGGCGGAGUGUCAUUUGGAUCCGCCAUCAAAGUCGAGGUCAGACGAGUUUUACCCAUGGACGUACAUGUCAGUAAU